CGUUGGUAAUCCUGAUUUUCGCCAUUAUCGCAUGAUUAAAUAAUAAAAUCCCAUGCCGGGAUUGUAAUUUCAACUAUAUUAAAAAAUUAUUAAAGGAUUUAUCAUUUUUUGAGUAUUAACAUGACCUCGAUAAUUGUAGCACGAACUUUAGCACCAGUGAUACACCAUUCUCUUAAACAACUUUUUACAAAAGGAACUGUUGCCAGAGUAAGAAACUAUUCUAAAUGUAUACAAAUAGCUGCUAUAAAUUCUACCCAAAAGAGGUUAUAUUCCGAAAAAAAGGUAUUUGAAAGAAACAAGCCCCAUUGCAAUGUAGGAACAAUAGGCCAUGUUGAUCAUGGAAAAACUACACUCACAGCAGCAAUUACUAAAGUACUGUCUGAACAAAAACUGGCUAAAGCAAGACAAUAUCAAGAUAUCGACAAUGCACCAGAAGAAAAAGCUAGGGGAAUUACCAUUAAUGUAGCUCAUAUUGAGUACCAAACCGAAAACAGGCAUUAUGCACAUACCGAUUGUCCUGGCCAUGCAGAUUAUAUUAAAAACAUGAUUACGGGGACAGCACAGAUGGAUGGAGCUAUUAUGGUGGUAGCUGCUACAGAUGGUGUAAUGCCACAAACCAGGGAACAUUUACUCCUAGCUAAACAAAUUGGUGUAAAUCACAUUGUGGUAUUCAUAAAUAAAGUUGAUGCUGCAGACAAAGAAAUGGUUGAGUUGGUUGAAAUGGAAAUCAGAGAAUUACUGACUGAAAUGGGUUUUGAUGGUGAUCAUAUUCCAAUUAUAGCUGGAUCUGCUCUAUGUGCUCUAGAAGGCAAGAACCCAGAAAUUGGAUCAGAAGCUAUUCUAAAACUACUAAAUGAAGUUGAUACUUAUAUACCUACCCCAGUUAGAGAUUUAGACAAGCCAUUUUUAUUGCCCGUAGAACACACUUAUUCUAUACCUGGAAGGGGUACAGUCGUUACAGGGAGAUUGGAGAGAGGUAUUUUAAAGAAAGGGGCUGAAUGUGAAUUUGUAGGUUUCAGUAAAACAAUAAAAAGUACUGUUACUGGAGUCGAAAUGUUCCAUCAGUUACUUGAUGAAGCUCAUGCUGGAGACCAAAUUGGAGCACUAGUUAGAGGUCUUAAAAGGGAUGAUGUUAAGAGAGGAAUGAUAAUGGCUAAGCCUGGUACAGUGAAAAGCUAUGAUCAUGUAGAAUCACAAGUAUAUGUUCUGAGUAAAGAUGAAGGUGGUCGCAGUAAACCAUUUACAUCAUUCAUCCAAUUGCAAAUGUUCUGCAGAACGUGGGACUGCGCUGUCCAAGUUGUAGUACCAGAUAAGGAAAUGGUUUUACCUGGUGAAGAUUCUAAGUUAAUAUUGAAAAUGUUGAGGCCAAUGGUACUAGAGCAGGGACAAAGAUUUACGCUGAGAGAUGGUGCCCAAACAUUAGGAACUGGUGUGGUAACUAAGACCCUAGCACGACUUUCAGAAAGCGAUCGCCUUAGCUUAACAGAAGGCAAAAAAGCAAGAGAAAAGAGGGCAACUGCUGAGAAAUAAUUUAGAAUUUAAGAAUUACAUUGACAUUAAAUGUUUUGAAUAUAACAUUUCCUAAGAUGAUGUGUCUCGAAAAAAAUUGUGUUAUUAAUCAUUGAAUGCUUGAUUGUUUGUGAAAUGAUUAGUGAUUGGUUAUUUAGACAACGUACAAAAAAGUAAAAAUAAUUUUGGAAAAACCAUUUUAAGGAAAUAUUCAACAAGUAUGGCAUAUUUCUUUUAUAUAAGAGGAUGAAUCAAAUGGGAUUUUUUUUAAAGUUAAAGUAUAAAAACAAAUUUUUUUCUGAAAGUUUUAUUGGUUUUUGAUCUCUCAGUUGUGAACAAAAAAUUAAAUAAUACCCUUCUUCAAUUCAUCUCCUUAAUAUUAAAUCACAGUGCAGGGGAGGGAUGACUUUUAUUAUUAUUAUUAUUAUUAUUAUU